AUGGGCACGAACGGAGGGAGCGGGCUGGGCGAGACGGGCGGCAUGAUGGGGAACAACACCAACCAACCUCCAACCACCGAGUACACCCUUCAAGAAUGGCACCGCCACGAACGCGAUCGCAAUGCCUGGGAAAUUGAGAAGCAAGAAAUGAAGAGCAGGAUAGCCAGCCUCGAGGGCCAGUCACGGAGAGCCGACGCGACGCAAAAGGCGUUAAAAAGAUAUGUCACAAUUCUCGAAAAGAAGGUCAAGGACCAGUCUGCCCAGUUGAAAUCCGAUAAGCCGACCGAAGCGGAGCCCAAACUGGAUCGUGCUUCGCUGCUACAGGAGAAACUACGGCCGUCGCUAGAGAAAACCAGCGCCCCUUCAAUGGAGGGUGGCUCGCUCGAAGCUGGUCUCGCUGACGAAGAGGCCUCGCGCAACGAGCUGAAAUCCUUCCUCGACCAGUGUCAAGCCGAAUUCACCUACCUGAUGAUCGCCCCUGCGAACCCGAUAGCACCGAGAGAAUCCCCGCCCCUCCCGAUAAUCGAAGAUCUACGAGAGGGGGACGCCUUCGGCCAGCAGCUCUUGGAGCAAUCCUACCAGCAGGGCUUGCGGCAGCAGCAGCAACAACAACAACAGCAGCAGAGCAAUGCCCGCGAGUACAUCGCGGCUCAAUCGCAGUCGCGCUCAGCCCCAACCACAAACAACCAGGCGCCCGCACCUCCAGCGUCCGGAAACUUCCCGGCCAAGCCGCUUGAUGCCCAGUCUGCACCGAUGGUCCGCAACUCGAACACCGAGCAUACCUCCGCGGGGUACGGAAACUCUGUCGAAUGGCCAGCUUCAGGGCCCACGCCUCUGAGGUCGGUGACAGAGCAAGGAACCGAGCUCGUUAACCAGCCCCAGCAUAUAAGCGAAACGGAAGAUAAGGGAGAUGGAACCGAAAAACGUGCCGUGGAUGAGGCAGACAGCUGGGAUUUUAAUGAUGCCAACUUCCCAGACACCGCUGCGCCUAAUCAGUCCCAGCAGGCCUCAACCACCCGCCCGGAUACCGAUGUGUUUCCAACGGCGGAGAACAUUCCGCGAUCGCCAAAUCGUGCGCCACUCGCUCACCGGAGGAAGAGCUCAAAUUCAAUGGCCCGCAGGCGGAGCGCAGAUCACGAACUCUCGCUCCACGCGUUGGGGCCAAAGACUGAAAGCUCCAACUUCAAACUCAAAUUCGGUCUGCGUGGUCAUCUCGACACGGUCCGAACUGUGAUCUUCUCCGGGGGCGGCAGCCCGGGCGAACCCGAAAUAUGCACUGCCGGGGACGACGGGACGAUUAAACGGUUCCACAUACCCGAUCGGCAUCCUGGGAACACGGGCGCUAGCGGCUCCGAUCUUGACGUCGUUGCUGACUUUACACAUCGUGGCCACGCCGGAGCAGUCCUCUCGCUGACAUCUUGGUCGCCAUCCCCGAAUUUCUCAACAGGCGGCCGCGCGCAGGGCGACGGCUGGAUCUUCUCCGGCGGGCAAGAUGCCACGAUCCGAAUCUGGGAGCGCGGGAGGGUAGAUCCCAAGGCGACCUUGGACGGCCACACCGACGCUGUCUGGGGCCUCUGCGUUCUCCCGGCGAACUUGGGGGCCAUCUUUGGCCAAUCGAACGCAUACGGGACCCCCGACCGCAUCUUGCUAGUGUCCGGGGCGGCGGAUGGCUGCGUAAAGGUGUGGGCAGUCAGCUCCCCGCCACAACUUACCUCACCGCAACCUACCGGUGGACGCCGCGCACAAGGUGGCCGUGUUAGGGGCAACUCAAUGAGCUCUGGUUCGGCGUUUCCAAAUUCGCCGCAACCCACGACGGCCUCAAAUUCACCGUGCCAUCAUACCCUAAUCCACACCAUCUCGCGCCAGAACUCGAAAGCGAGUCCGACAUGCAUCACGCCGCUGUCCCUGAACGGUGAAACCUUUGUGGUCAGUUACUCGGAUGCCGCCAUCAUCGUGUACGACACACGCUCCGGCGAAGAGAUUGGCACCAUGGCGAGUCUCGAAACAUACGAUGGCACAGUGUCAACCAGCGUGAACGCAGUCGUUGCGACGACCGCUGGGUUAGAUCACCAGCCACAUCAAGGCCUGAGCGAGGAGGACACAGCUGGCGGCGGGCCUACUGGCGGCGGUCGAGCCAUGGCUGGAUCUGGGGUUGAAGGUGUCAUCAUCUCGGGUCACGAAGACUGUUACGUACGGUUCUUUGAUGCCAACAGCGGCCAAUGCACGUAUAACAUGAUCGCUCACCCAGCCUCUAUCUCCAGCCUCUCCCUUAGCCCCGACGGUCGGGAACUAGUCAGCGCGGGUCACGAUGCUUCCCUACGGUUCUGGUCGUUAGAGAAGCGUUCUUGCACCCAAGAGAUCACCAACCAUCGCGUCAUGCGCGGCGAGGGCGUUUGCACCGUUGUGUGGAGUCAGGAUGGCAGGUGGGUUGUGAGCGGUGGCGGCGACGGAGUGGUCAAGGUCUUUGCGCGAUAG